AUGAUUAACUUUCUUUCGGCUACUGUAGAUACAGAUUGGUUUCAACCAGUUUCUCUGGGUAUUGAGGACAAUCUGAUCCUGGAUUCUCAAAUGGCCAUUUCAUCGUAUUACUCCACAUCUGGAGCGGGGAAUGCUAGACUGAACUUAAAAACACUACAUGAAAAUGUAGACACGAACACAACAGUUAUAGUCAGAUAUGGUGGUUGGAUAGCGGCAGAAGACGACAAUGACCCUUGGUUUCAGGUUGAUUUCAUAGCAAAUGCAACAAUCAGUUCGAUAUUUACUCAAGGCUUGGAGAAUGAAACUUUCUGGGUCACCAAAUAUUCCGUUGCUUUUGGAUAUAAUAGAGACAGGUUGCAAAAUUACAGUAUAAAUGGACAAGUGAAGGUAACGAUUAUUGUAGGUCUGUUAAAACGUUUGCAUCCUAUAGUGUAUUAUAAUGGUCUCUUCGUAUAUAUAAAAGCUGUAUUAUUAUAUUCUGCAUAACUUAUACUCAGGUCGGAGUGUACCAGUCCAAAAAAUUGUACGACUUUUUGGGAAUUUCGAGAAUCUCUUUGGUUUAUUCGGGGUUAUGGGUAUUUUCGAAAUUUUAUCGGGAUUUUUUUGAGGGUAUUUGUAAAGAUGUUUAGAGAUUUUAUAGGGAUCUUUUAGGGAUUUUCGGGGGAGAUGUGGAUAAGAUGUGAAACCUCGUUUGGACUAUAAAGUGAAGCAAGGAAAUAUAUUUUAGAAAUCUGUUUUAGCCCUCACAAGGUUUAACUGUGCUUGAUGGCAAGUGCAGUGCUAAAUGUAUAGUGUGA